CUUUGAAUGAACCACCCCUAGCUGAGCUGCGCAAAUGGACCUGCGACGUAGUUUAGUGUUGCUGAUCUGACUAUAUAUAUGUAUAAAAACAGACUGUAUUUAUUGAGAGCCAGUGGAAAUAUGUCGGUCCAUCACGACUCGGAACCCAAACUGUACCGCUACAGCAGGACUGUGUGUGGGAUCUUCACGCAUGUGCUGUGCGCGCUGUUCACCGGCUUCAUCACUGCUCUCGCCAGACCCGCGUCCAGUCUUUUUUCAUGGCAUCCAUUCUUGAUGACUCUUUCUUUCUCCUUCUUGAUGACCGAAGCCAUCCUGCUCUUCAACCCUCACUCAUCUCCCGUCAGCAAGUUAAAACACAAAACUAAAGGCCGCCUGCACUGGAUUCUACAAUGUUUGUGUGUUUUCUGCGCCAUUUUGGGCCUUUUCGCCAUAUUUUACAACAAAAGCCUCAACGACAAGCCGCACUUCACGUCCUGGCACGGUUUAAUCGGUGUAGUAACGGUCGCGGUCGUCGUGUUUCAGGCGGUCGCUGGACUUCCGCUUCUGUAUCCCAAACUAGCCAAAAACUGGACUCUGGCUAAACUGAAGCGAUAUCACGCCACCUCAGGUUUACUCACCUACCUGCUGGGCAGUUUCAGCCUGUUUCUUGGGCUGUGUUCGUCGUGGUUUAGCAGUGUUGUGAGCGGGUAUGUGUGGUAUCUGGCUGUUCUCUGUCCGGUUGUUUGCGCGCUGGUCGUUAUGAGUCAAGUAACGAACGCUUAUAUGGCGCGAAAACGGAUGAAGUAUUAAAAGAGACGGUUAAAACGACAAAGAAACUCAUUUAGAGCUUUUAUUACUUAUAUAUGUUGUUAUAUUUUGUAAAAUUGUUGGCAUUAAUUAAAAUUUUUAUUUUGUCAACUCCAGCCCGUCAGGUUCAUUUAACUAAAAUUUAAGAAUACAGUAUUUGGUGGUAUAAUCUUGUCUCGCCAAUCACAGCAGUUACAGAUUCUGACCAAAGCUUUUAUGGGGAUAAAAGCUCUAAAUGAGAACAUUUCUUUUGUUAUUUUGAAGAAACAUUAUUCGAACUUUACAAUAUACAUUUUAACAAAAUUCAACGAAUGCAGUUCAUUUGGCCAGAUUCAUUUGGUAAUGACAGAGAUUGUCAACUUUAAUAGCCGUGUCAGAUUUGCAAGUUAAAGUUUUUUACAAAAUAAUUGGACUUUGUCAGUUUAAUGAUGAAGAUAUGCUUUGCAAAUAGUGUUAAAGUCUUUGCAAAUACUUUACCUAAAAACUAAAUUGUGUAUUUUUACAAGUUUUAUAUAAAGUGCAUUUUAGCAGCAUUGAAGGUAUAUUCUGUCCAAAUGUCUUUAGUGAUGACUGAAUGGAACAAUAUUUCUAUUACAAUGAUCAGUUAAGUUAUUUGUUGAUGAUUGUGCACAAAACAUUACUUUAUGCAAUUGCCACGCUGCCUAUUUUAAAUAAUAA